AUGGAGGCCAUGAUUGAUAUUGAUGAAAGCACAAAGCAUUGGACUGUAGACAUUGCCAGACCCGAGUUCGACAAAGAUGUUGUUAUGGCUUCAGAAGCAGAUUUUGUUGUUGAACGAAUUGAUUUGGGGGUUAGAACCAGAACGAGAAAAGAAGAGAAGAAAAAGAAGAGAAAAGAGGAGAGAGAGGCAAAGAAAGAAGCUCAGGCCACACCUAAUGUUUUCCUAGUUACAACUAAACCACCUAAACAAUGGGAAGGACCAUUUGGUGAGCUUACUAGCCCUAAACCUAAGGAAAUAAAGAAAAGAAAAAAAAAACCUGUAAGAGAAUAUGUUGCAGUAUCUUCACAAGAGACAAAGUCAGAAGAAGAAAUCAGACAAGCUCCAAAGAAGAAAGGUGUUUUCACAGGAGUUGUUAGAGUACAACCCUCUGGAGAUAAAAAGGAAAAUCAAAAGAAGGAAUCAGAGAAGGAUCAACCCAAGAAGACACCUAAGGUUACUAUUGUACACAAAAGGAAGCCCAAAGGAGAUGAACAAUCUAAGUCAGAAACUAAGAGGAGAACCUGUAAGCAAAAGAGGUUAGAUGCUCAAGAAAUUAUAGAUCAAAUUAUUAAUGAUGAGAUCUGGAAAGAAACAAUAGAUAUAUGGGUAAGAAUUAUUUUGAGUAAAGGAUAUGAGCUAAGUCCCAGCUUUGUACAGUCUCAAAACAUUCAAUUACCAAAGGAUAAGGAAUCGGAAAGGAAAGAUGAACAAAAUGUGAAAAUUGAUCCACCGGUUACUACUCCACCAGCUCAUGAGCCAAAAUUUGACAUUGAGGAUACUCAGAAUCCUCCGAAAACAAAUGUACACGAUGUUGAGGAAGAGGUUGAAAAGGAAAAAGGUACAAAAGAAAAGGAAUCAGGGGAAGCACCAAAAGAGAGUGGUGCACCAAGUGGCGAAGCCACUGGUGAACAUGAGAUGCAAACUUUAGCAGACAAUGAACUUACAUAUAUACCCCAAAAUACCUCUACUGAAGACAAAGGCAAAAGGAUAGAAUCAGAUUUUCCUUAUGGAUUGGCAAUUGACACAUCUUUAACAAAAGAUAAAGGGAUUUAG